AUGACUGCUCCACUUAGUCAAGAGUAUGACAAUGGUGUUGCCGGACAGGAAGAUCAACCAGAAGAUGAUGUAUCAAGUAACAAUCUUUAUGAAGUCCCUUCCACAGUUUCAAAGUUGCAGAAGAUAGUCUGUGCUGUUCAUUCAAGUCCUCAACAUCACUGGGCAUGGCUCCAAGAGGUCGAAAUCUCAAUGCAAUCACAAGAUGACACACUACCACAGACAGCUUUAAUGCUAAUACUUGAUAAAGUCAUUGAUGACUUUGUUGCAAAAACACAGGACCUUCGCCAGUACAAGCUGACCUCCAAGGACUGGAGUGCAAUCCAGCUAGUCUCUGAUUGGCUAAAGGCUUUCUGA